UACGGACUUGCUGAAGUAGAGGCGUGUGGGCCUUAGCCAGCUAUACCUGGCCCUAGCACAACUAAACUGUCAAAAAACAAACGUGGAUGUAAGUCGUCCAUCUUACAUGUAGAUAACUGACACUUUGACAACCUGCGGUCUGACAAUGGGAGCGAACAACAGUACCCGCCGCGUGUCAUUUGAAUCAGAUGAGAACGAGAAUAUAACGGUGGUGAAGGGCAUACGGCUCUCUGAGAAUGUCAUCAACCGCAUGCGGGAACCUGCAGUUCCUCCCAAACACCAACAUGCUCCCUCUCCACCACCUUCCAUGGCGCCUACACUCACUCCUCCUCCUCUCCUACGGCCAGUGCCUCCCCUCUUUGACCCGAUCACCUCCUUGCCUCCCUCCUCUCCUCUUGUAGAACCUGUUGCAUCUCCAGCUCCUCCUCCACCAGCCCCAUCUGCCACAGAGUCUGUGGCUGCACCUCCACCACCUCCUCCUCCUCAACCUCCUACAGAACAGCCCCCCUUGGAGCCAGUAUCCCUUGCUUCAGUCCCUGAGCCAGUGGCAGUACCUGAGUCCAGUCCAGUCCCACCAUCUCCUGCUGCACCAGCUGUUGAUGAGGAGGCCUUGAGGAGGAAGAUCACUGACGAGCUGUAUAAAGGCAUGGAGCAGGAGAGGGCCAAGGCAGAGCAAGAGCUGCAAGCCUGGUUGGAGUCGGAGAAGGCCCGGGCAGCAGCGCAGGCUAACAGUGACGCCCAGUCCCAGGUCCAGAAUGAAGUGUCCAGGAUCCUUUCUGUGGAGCGGGCCGUGGCCCAGGAGAACCUUCAGCAGGCAGUCUUAAGGGAGAGGAUCGCCACUGAGGAUGAGCAGCUGCGUGCUCAGAUCUUUGCCAAGCAGCUGGAGGCCAGAGAAGCAGACUUAAAGAAGCAGGAUGCUUUCUACAGAGAGCAGGUGGCCCGGCUGGAGGAGAGGAGUGCUCAGUUCUACAAGGUCACCACAGAGAAUUACCAUCAAGCUGCAGACCAAGUGAAUGCCAAGUUCAAGCGGUAUGAGAUGUAUCCAGUGUGUGCAGACCUGCAGGGCCAGAUCCUCGCGUGCUACAAAGAGAACGUUGGAAAAACCCUCCACUGCUCCAACAUAGCAGCCCUUUACCUACAGUGUGUCAACAACACCAAACAGAAUGACAAGUACAUGCAUGCACCCUCAUGGACAAAUGAUAUAACAAGUUGAGGACUGGGGGUUAAGGAGGACACAGGAAGAAAGAGAGAGCAAUGAAGAGUUUAUUGUGCGGGAUUACUGAUUAUCGACCGACUGACAGACAGACCAAACCGGAGUGGAAGAAUAGAGGAAUGAAUCAGCACCGACACAAACACACACACACCUCCUCAAAACCCUGUGACCGAACCUGACUAGAGGCACCGAACACAGCACCUUGAGAAAUAGACACCCUCUCCCUCGAUUCUUAUCUCCUUCCCCUCCUCUCUUACCCUUCGUCUAUCUCUCCUGUGAGAAUUGCCGAGAGGCGGUGAUGCUGUCCGCCAUUUUGGAGACACGACACAGCGGUGACCACGGGACCCAGCAGGCCUGAGCGCGGCUCGCUAAAAGGACAAAGAUGAACCGGAACCAACUCAAAGAAAACCAGCCACCUGUGUCACAAGCCACUCGGACCUACCCACGCUCACUCCAACACCCUUAGGAAAAUAAAAGUUUAUUUUUACUAAUUAAAGUCAGUCCUAUAUUGUUGUCAUUAAUUCAUUGUUUUCAGGCUCCUAGUGCACUAUCCUCUACACAGAUACACAUGUAUGCAUCUGUUUCUUCUUUGCAUCUGUUUGUGUGCAAUCGUGUUAUGUUAAUAAUGUAACGAUCCGCGUGUUGAGUAUUCAUCCAGACCAACACUUGUGACAAUGUCUGAUCAGAGGAAAUAAAAAGACGAAACGAU